GGAAGUCGUGCUGCCCCUUUCGAAGAUGGAGGACAACACGGCAGAUGCGAGCAGACCCCAAAUGUUUUUAUUCGGCUGCACCUUGACAUCGUCCAAACGGGAACACAAAUUGGAAAUAGAUGAUGAUGAUGAGACGGAACAGCAGCUAUCCCUCAAAGCAGUGUGCCUUGGAGCUGAUGCUGAGGAUAAGUUCCACAUGGUCGAAGUUGAAGGGCUCACGUUUGAUGGAAAAACAACAACAGUUCCACUGGCAGCACUGAAACCUUCUGUUUUACCGUCUGUGUCACUUGGUGGGUUUGAGAUCACUCCUCCUGUGACCUUUCGACUUCAGUCUGGCUCUGGUCCUGUUUACAUCAGUGGACAGCAUUUUGUUGGUGUGAAGGAAUCAGAUGAUGAAGAUGAGGAGGAGAACAACACAUCGCCUGUAAAAAGACCCGCUGGACUCUCUGGGAAGAAACCUCCUUUGAAAAAGCUAAAAAUGGAUUCUGAUGAAGAUGACAGUGAUGAAGAAGAUGAGGAUGAUGAUGAGGCAGAUGAUGAUGACAGUGAUGAAAAUGAGGUGAAGUUACUGAAGCCCUCCAAAUCCGACUUUAAAAAGGGUCAACAGAGCUCAGGAAAGAAGCUAAACAAGAGUCCAGAGAAAUCAGGAAAAUUUGGAUCUACACCAAAACCACAAUCUAAGUCACCUGCCUCGGGGAAAGACAAAGCCCAGGCCGGGUCUUCCAAAUCGCCUUCUGUGGCCGAGAUUAAAAACAAGUUGUCCACGGCUAUCAAGGAGGGCAAACCCUUACCCAAGACGGAGCAGAAGCUGGAAAAUUACGUCAAGAAUACCUUUAGAGUAACAGACAAAAAUGUGGUCAAGGAGCUCUGGACUCAUGUACAGACACUGAGGACGGCCAGCAAAUAACUACAGUUUAGUCAGUCCAAACAUUUUGUAUUCUCAUUGGUUCUAAAGGCACACUCUGUGAAAGGUCUAAAAAUCUGUACUCCCCCUUGCAACCCUCAUAUGUUUUUGAAAAAGCAGCUUCUUGUUGGCAUUCAGUAGAUGCUUUAUAAAUGAAUACUGUAAAGCUGAGAAGAUGUUGAAGUUGGGAGAAUAAGUUCCUUAGCCUGUUUUAAUAUUCUUACAGUGUAGUUUUAGCCCAGUUUUAACUUUUGAUAAUUUACUUCUUCUGACAUCCUUAUUACAUAUAUGUGGUUCAGUAUAUGACUGAUAUUGCAGCAUGUGGGAGCCUAAUGAAAAUAUGCUGAAGAUGUAUGUUUCAACUGUAGACUGUAUAGAAGUGGACUGUGGGAAUGUGAUAUCUGGCAUAGUAUUUGGCUUCUUGGUCAUAACCAUUCAGGAGCAAGGAUGUUGAAGGUACAUGACCCUUGAUGAAAUCUAAUUGGUACACACAUACAUAACACAUACGCAUGCACCUUUUCUGUCCCAAUGAGAUUCUUGAUAGACUUCUGGUGAACUGUCCAGCCCUUUGUUGUGUAGAAUGGACAAAAUAUCGCAAAUUGCAGAAUGUGCCUUUAAAUAUCAAUACUGUAAACUGCAAUGAAUCAAAAUCAGGCUAUUUGUUUUACAAGCUUUGUUAUUAUGAAUUAUGUUUAAUCUUUUGUUUUGUUCCCUCCAAUGUGCAUCAAAGCUGACGGCAGUCCUUGCAGUGUGAAAGAUGAAAUUGACUCUGUAAUAUUAUUGUUAAUUACAAGGAGGAUACGUGAUAGAUAGUUGCAUUCUUUUAGAGUUGUCUGUCCCUUUUAUACCUUUUUAUUGAGCUGUUUUGUUUUGUUGCUUCAUAUACAUAUCUACGCUGACCAGCUAAAAUUCUUUAAGCAUUUCAACCCCAUAAACGUCCGUUACAAUAUCAGUGUUAAUGGCAAAACUCUAUACAAAUCUAUUAACAUGCAGUAAUUCAAACUAUGGUGUCUAAUAAAAAUCUAAAGAUAUGGGAUGUUAACACACUCCAUAAAGCAAACUAAUAUUUACACACAUUGUUAAUUAUGACUGUAGCUAAGAAUGUAAAAAGGCCUGUCUCAUGAGGUCAUUACAUAAAGUACUCAAACUGGAGCAACUCAUAGCAAUAAUGUCCCAAGUUCAUGCGUUUAUGAUCCUGUAUAAUGUAUUUUAUGGGCCAAAUGUUAGUCCAAGUAUGGAUUCUUUACUGCCAACCAAUUGUGUUGCUUAAAUUGAUUUUGUCCUUUGUCAGAUCAACAGUGUACAACAAUGGUUAAUAAUCACUGUUUAAUUAAAGGCUUUGUACCAGAUUUUUACUGUUUUUAAAAAAGUGAAAAACUAUUAUGGUAAUUAAUUUUAAACAGUUUGCAGUGGUGCAAAGUGACUGUAAAGCUACCAUAAUAACUAGCAUGCUAACUUGCACUUUCUGAUUAUUGGAUAGUAAAACACUUUGUAAUCAAAUGCAGAUGGCAUGCAGCAGACUUGCUUUGACCUCAAAAGCUGCAUAUACAAUUUAACUGUACUGAGGCGAGACACAUUUCGCAUGGGAAAAAUCGAGUACAGGUCCUUUUAAUGGUCUAACAAAAUGUUUGAGUUUUGACUAAUACCAAUUUUUAAAACUAUAUUUUAUGUGUUGGCAGCUAUCAGAAAGUUAUGCUAUUUCUGCCCAUGUUGUUUUCUUGCAGCUUCUCAACUGUUAUCAAGUUUAAUUAGUUUUCCUGUUUCAUCUGUUUUUUUUCAUUAAAAGUUCUGUUCAAAAUUUUAAA